AUGAGCGAAGCAGCCAGGAGGACUAAAGGGGGAAGAAAGGCCAAAAUCUUGGAGACAGUUCCCAAGCUCACAUCAUGCAACUACUACAGCUGGUGCACACUCGUCAAGGCCAAUCUUCAGGUAGUCCCUCAUGCCAUGCACCACCUAGAGGGCAAAUACGACAGAAGCCACCCAAAAUGGGACAGAACCUUCGAUAAUGCCCUAGUGGGUGUCCUACGCAGCACCCUAGACACCAAAGGAGAGCACAACAUCCUCUACCUCCUGCUCAAUAUCAGCAAGAAUCAUCUAACUUUUCACCAAGCCUGGAAGAAGAUCGAAAAGAGCCUGACCAGUGAAGCAGCUAGAACCUCACAACAGAUAGCACUGCUUGCCCAACUCAAUGAGGCCAAGAUGUUCCAUGCUGAUGCCCAUAAGCUAAUCCAAGAAAUCAGGGCCAUGCAGACAGAAACUAGUCUUCUAGGGGCCCCAUUCAGUGAUGAUGUGCUAUAUGCCAUGCUCCAAAGGUGUAUGAUCCAACAUCCCAUCUACAAGGAGACAGUCGCUACUGUUCACCAAGUUAGUUUUGAUGCCCUGGCAACAGCCUUAACUACAUGUCAAUCUGCAAUGGAGAAUGUUCCUAGUCAGAAAGUGGAUCCAUGCCAAGCAAGUGCCAGGACUGCCAGCACCAAUGAAGAACAGGCCUACAAUGCUGAGUCAGACACAGGCAAUGCAAGGACUGCAGUCAAACCGAAAAGGAUCCACUGCUGGGUGUGCAAACAUCAUGGGCACAGUGCUAGGCAAUGCGAUGCCUCUAUCACCAUUCCUGAAAAUUCCCCUUUCACCAAAACCAACUAG